AUGGUCGUAGCCACGCUCGUGCACGAACACUACCAAUUCAUCACCGAAGGAUACCUACCGGAGCCUGGGCUGAAGAAACUCGUUGGCAUUCUGUGCCCCAAAUGCCAAACACCCCUCCGUUACCAAGCUGCACUCGAAGAUGCUUGGCGGAUCUAUUGCCCACGACGUCCCAAGAAUCGACAUAACUGGCGUACUUGGCGUUGUGACCAACUCAACCACGAGCGCGCCUUGAUCAACGCUGGCGCUUCUAGACCGAUCAUUUCGACUGCUGAUGACUGGGGACCCCGUAUAUCACCUUCCGGGGUGCUGCUUCCUCCCAAACCCGCUAAUGCUGACGACGGAGCAUUAGCACCACCUCGAGGAGCACCGGCUGGUGCUCCUCAUCCCUUCUUAGGUCGAAUUGAACAGCAAUUCACCCCGAUCGAAUCAAACCAAGUAGACUCACAAGUUGGUCCUCAACGUGCCAAAGUAGUUUACCCAUGCCAGCGCGCUUCACGCGGUCCAGUUGCACGUGGCCACCGGAGCAAUGGAAACAAAGGCUGUCCUCAUCAGUACUGCCAGGCGUACGGUUUAGGGGGGUGUUCCAAGCACACCCGUCGAACAGAGGCCCAGCCAAAUGCCGGCGCGAUUGUCAACCCUGUUUUGCCCUCCAACGCAACUGCAGCUCAUCUCCCUACUCCGGGGUCUUCAGCUCCACAAGCUGCGCCUGCACGAAGGCCAGCUCCUCGUGUCCAUCAGUGGGCGCAAGCAGCUAACACGCUUGGACACCGCCUAGAUUUCCAAGCGAUAUCAGCCAUCCAAAUCAACCGCCGUGAGCGAUACAAAGCUCAGGAACGGGCCAUAGCCAACAAAUUUGACGAACGUAAAGUGGUAACUAUUUACCUGUGGCUUGAUGCAGUUGAACCAAAAGUUAUAUCAGCUCAUAUGGACCAAUGGCCUAAAGCCAGGCUGGACGAAUCUCUGCUGCUGAUGCAAGCCUGUACCAAGCAUUUUGGACCUACAUGGAACCGGGCUCUUCUUUUUUGGGAUGACAAGAUCGACACUUGGCAUGAAACGAUGGUCACGCUCCCUCACAGAUACUCAGUAAACAAGCAGGAGAUUGUGGUUAGGUCGCCACAAGUAGAUCCCCGGACCCCUGGCUUGCCCUUGUCGAAGUCCAAGGCGCUUCAACCAAAACUCCAAGAUCCUCGUGCAGACCCACCCGUGGCCAGUUCCAGUGUUUCAGUCGACGCCAGUCCUUUCGAUUCUGACCCUGAUGUGAUUGUGGUUAACGGGCCCAAAAACACCACCCACGCCCUUCACAGUCAACAAACCAAGCAGCUAGACGAACUCAACGCAAAGCAGAAAGGCUUGACCGAUGCCACUGAUGAUGAGAAUGAUGAAUUUUUGGUGCAGAACCCCCCGACUCCCAACGCCCAACCCCAACGUCGCGAGGAUUCUGAUGAUGAGCUACCCGAUUUGGACCUCUUCAUCAAAACCUCUGCAGCCAAGGCCCAAGCAAUUAAUACCAGUUCUGAUCCGAAACCAGGGAAAUUGCCAACUCCAUCACCCGUCUUGACAGCUACAACCAACGGCAACAAUUCAACCCAAGUUCAGACAAAUACAAACGAAGUCGAGUCAAGUACCAAUACCCAUAUCAAGAAGAGAGGGUGGCCGUCUUCUUUUGUACUGGUUUCAGACCUUCUCGCGUGGUACAAGAAUUGUGAAACUUGCUCUCCGCAGCAGGCAUGGAUGAAAGCCUUUGGUUCUGAAUGGCGCCUGGGGACUUCCACUAUGUACAGUUUCCGCGUGCUAAUGUGGGUGAAGCACGGAUUCGCUUCAAGGAGGAGUUCAAAAGGGUCGCCCACAUCUGAAAAUCUGAUUAUAUCCAGGGACGAAUUCAGGGGCGAUUGCGAAUGUGGCAACGGUCGCAUUUGGAACCAAAUCGCAGACAACAGCAAACAUGUUAUUGCAUUGUGUGGAAUAUAUAAACCAACAACCAAUUGGUAUUUGGUUGUUUGCCCAUCCAUCAUCAUGGCCUCUGAACCUGACAUCACCGCUUCAAUCAACGCCGUCCUAACUACCACCAGCAAAACGACGAUCUUGCGCCCCCAAACGAUACCAGAUGCCGUAGCUUGGCACAAGACCGACACCAACCUCAUCUUAAAAGAUGAGCAAGGGCAGCACGUUACCAGCCCGCUUAAAGCCUAUGGAUUUAGCUUGGCGAGUGAGGUACUCACCCGUCAUUGGACCUACAACAUCCAUGGCGGUUUGGGUCAAAACGCCAUUACAGGCGAAUAUUUUGUCAAACAUAGCAGCAUCACCCAAAGUCUGGUGGCCACUGUGCCUCCUCAACCUCAACAUCUUGCUGGAAAAGCCAUGAUCAGUGGGAUCGGCAAGGUCGUUAAGGUGAAUAUUGACAAUCUCAAUGAAGACAGUGACUGGCACCUUACAGUUCAAGCUGAACAUGACAUCUUCAACCCUGAAGAAAGAAAGAAAAACACAUUCGAGAUCAUCUAUCGGUUUGGCAAUUUUUCUCCAGAGUUAUGCGAAAUGAAGAACAUCGCAUUGGGUUCCUUCAUGUAUUUCCUUGGUACUGUUGAUUCCAAAGACAUCACGACACAAAGGCUCAUUGUUCAAGUGCUCCGUCAUAACGUGGUAGUAUUCCACAAAUAG